GUCCUACAUACCGCUCAUCACGGUCACCCCGGCAGUGAGUGGGCGGCACACGUGGAGGCAGACCAGGACAUGGAGGACUCCGGUCUCUGUCUCACACGGUCAGCAAUUGGAGAGUGCCUGUUACCUUCUUGGUGUGGAGUUGGUGACACGAGCACCAAGAGAGACAUCUCAUCGUGGUGCAGACAGGAAAUAUCUCUGCUGGAGUGUCACGUUAAAGGCAGCGCCUCCUCUUCAUUCCACGACACUUACAUCAGUCAACUGUCUGCACCCUUCCCUCUCACCACUCUGAGUGAUCACGAGAAGUCAAACAGUAACCAAAUUUCAACCAGUGACUUUUUUGAGAAGUCUGAAGAAAUUCCCUGUGUCUUCAGAAUGUCUAAGAUGUCCUCGCUGACUGGCCCUGAACACCGCACACAGGGUCAAACAUAUCCUCGGAAGAAGAACAGAGCACCAGCAGCGGAGGGCCAGAGAAAACAGCGUCGCAAGGCCGCCAAUGACCGCGAGAGAAGGAGGAUGACCAGAAUCAACGUAGCUUUCGAACGCCUGAGGACGAGACUGCCCCACACACCCCACAGACUUUCCAAGCAUGAUAUCUUGCAGAUGGCGCUGUCCUACAUAUCGGAGCUAUGCAGCCUCCUGGAAGUGUCACAAACUGGGAAGUGGCAGAGUCACGUGUCUGUAGAAUUCAUGAUGCCCUGCACGCCACUGGUGCCUAAAGCUCGCUGACAAGAAUGAGAGAAGGUGGAGACGUCAGGCAAGGCUCGAUGUGGUACUUGUAGUGAAGAUGAGACAUUAGGGAUGUGUUGUGAAUGUGGAGGAAACCUGUGGCCGUUCCUUGCGCGGGGCUUGGUGUUCAGUUGAAAUUAAUUAACAGUGAAAAAAUUAUGAGCCUGUGUUAUUUACUUAAUUUUUUCCUCUUGUUUUAUUAAUGUCAGUAAUAGUGAGAAAGAUAAUUCAUGAUAACUGAGACUCGAAAUUUUUCUCUUGUGUCUGAAAUUAGUCUUGCUUUCCUUUACAAUUAUUCACUCUAGGACUGUGCUAGUGUGUGUGUGUGUGUGUGUGUGUGUGUGUGUGUGUGUGUGUGUGUGUGUGUGUAUGUGUGUCUGUGUGUCUGUUUGUCAUAAUAGUCUAUUGAUUUCUUUCCUUUCACUUUUUCAGUACUUUCCAUAUCAGUUUAUGUAUUAUAGUAUGUAUGUUCUCCC